AUGGUGUCUCUCCAGUACAGGAUCGGUCAGCUGUAUAUGAUAAGCAAGCACAGUCAUGAGCAGAGUGACCGAGGAGAGGGUGUGGAGGUGGUGCAGAAUGAGCCGUACGAGGAUCCUAUCCACGGAUCCGGACAGUUCACCGAGAAACGUAUCUAUCUGAACAAUAAGCUACCUAGCUGGGCACGAGCAGUGGUCCCCAAAAUUUUCUAUGUGACGGAGAAGGCCUGGAACUACUACCCCUACACCAUCACUGAGUACACAUGCUCAUUUUUGCCGAAGUUCUCCAUCCACAUAGAAACAAAAUAUGAAGACAACAACGGCACAAACGACAAUAUCUUUGAUGGGGAGCUGAAGGAUGAGGAUAUGGAGGUGUGUUUCGUUGAUAUCGCCUACGACGAGAUUCCCGAGCGCUACUACAAAGAGGCCGAGGACCUGCGUUACUUUAAAUCAGAGAAGACGUCACGCGGUUUUCUCCAGGAGGGCUGGAGGGACACCCAGAACCCGGUCAUGUGCUCGUACAAGUUAGUGACGGUCAAGUUUGAAGUGUGGGGCUUACAGACGAGAGUGGAACAGUUUGUGCACAAGGUGGUGAGGGAUGUGCUGCUCUUGGGCCAUAGACAAGCUUUUGCUUGGGUGGAUGAAUGGAUUGACAUGACAAUGGACGAGGUUAGAGAAUAUGAACGUGCCACUCAGGAGGCCACAAACAAGAAGAUUGGCAGUUUACCCCCUGCCAUUUCUAUCAGCGAGACCCCACUGCCAUCCUGUGCCCGCAGUGGACCCUCAAGUGCCCCGUCCACCCCGCUGUCUACCGAGGCUCCAGACUUCCUGGCUGUGCCCAAGGACAGACCCAGAAAAAAGUCAGCCCCAGAGACCCUGACCCUACCUGAUCAUGGCCGAAGAGACUCUGGCUACCGACUGCCCAGUCUCUUCUCCUGGCACUCCAGUUCCUCACAGCCAGAGUGA